ACUUAUUUUUUCUGAUCUGAUCUGAUCUGAACUUAUUUUUUCUGAAAUAAGUAAAAAUAAGGUGAACUAAACAGGGCCUAAGUCGGCAAUAAUUUCUACUGGUGAUUUGAAUUCCUUCACCUCCGAUCCAAUUUGAUCUAAUAAUAUAUGUUCCCAAAAAUUGGAAAUCUUAUACAUAAUUCCCAAAGAACUUCAAUCAUGGGUAGACCUUUAUAUAAGAUCCAUUCCAUUUUAUCUCAUACCAAUCAUAUAAUUCAGUGUCUUUUCUCCCCUCCUGUCUACUUAUCAUAAAUAAAAAGAAAAAUAGUUAACGUAAAAAAAAAAAAAAAAAAAAAAAAAAAAAAAAAAAAAAAAAGUAAUGGCAGGUUCAAGUUGAACAUAUAUAGCAAGAUAUUUCCUAGAUCUAUGCUGAAAAAUAAUAAUUACGAGUACAUAUUAUUGUGAAUAAAAAUACUAGUAGCAAACAACUCUUACAACGUAUAACAAGUCACAUCCACUACUUAGAAUUCUGAUCUUCUGAAAAAUUUAUUUAACGUCAUUUUUCUCUCUCCUCUAAAAAUACACCUCCUCUUCUCUCUCUGCUUCGCUGCACACAACACAUCCUUUUCCACGCCAAAAUUUUCAAUCACAUGCAAAAGUCAGACACUACUCCUAUCAUCAUCAUCCCUCUUAUUCACCACCCCCCUUCCAAUUCCUUUGCUUAUUAGACUUCACUUUUCUCUUCUUCUCUACCCCCUUUCGUUUUUGUCAAAUACGAGUCUGGGUCGCACCUGUCCUCAGCUGCGACUCCUCUAAUAAAAAUGAGAGAAAUGGCAUUUCUCUCUCAGGAUUACAUGAUGUACCAACCGCAUCAUAAUCAUCAUCAUGAAUUCAAUAACGAAGAUGAUGAUCGACAUCAUGAUCCUUCGAUUUCGCUUAACAUCCUUUCUACUUGUCCUCCUCAUCAGGAAUUCCAAGGUGCUCCUGGAGUUCCAUCCUUAGCCAUGAUGAACAGAUCGAUGUCGUUUUCCGGCUACCAUCUACAUCAAAUAGACCAUACUCAACACCAAGACGAUGUAGUCGGAGGAGGCGGUCACGAAGAGCACGAACACGAUCAUCACGGCGGCGGGGGAGAUCAAGACGAGAUGUCGGACGACGGGUCGCAAGUGGUGGUGGUAGGGCCAGGAGGAGGGGAAAAGAAGAAGAGGCUAAACAUGGAGCAAGUGAAAACAUUGGAAAAGAAUUUUGAACAAGCUAAUAAACUUGAGCCUGAGAGAAAAGUGCAGCUUGCUAAGGCUUUGGGAUUGCAGCCUAGACAAGUAGCAAUUUGGUUCCAAAAUAGAAGGGCAAGAUGGAAGACAAAGCAACUUGAGAAAGAUUAUAGCGUGUUGAAGAGACAAUUUGAUUCUCUUAAGGCUGAUAAUGAUUCACUCCUUUCUCAAAACAAGAAGUUACAUGCUGAGUUAAUAACACUAAGAAACAGAGAACCAGCAGAUUAUGGAGCAAUAAACCUAAACAAUGCAGACACAAAGAGCUACUGGAGCAACAAUGGUAGUGAGAUAAGCUCAGACAUGAACCUAAACAACGCCUCAAGAACCGUUACGCCUAGAACCGGAAGUUCGUUAUCCACAAACCCAUCUACAAAACUUCAAUUCCCUCCAAAUUCCUUCAUGCCAACAAGUAUAACCCAAUUCUUACAAACCUCUUCUCCUAAGCCAGAAUUGGACCUUCAAUGUCCCAAAAUUGACCCACAACUUCAUGAUGAUACCUUUUGCACCAUCUACGGUGUCGGUAACGGUGGUGGUGGUGGUGGUGGUGGCAAUGGCGGUAUCGAGAAUCAACCACCGGCCUUUUGGGCUUGGCCAGAACAACAACAAAAUCUUAAUUAAUUAAGCCAAAGCCAAGACAAUGCAAGGAGGGCAUGCAAAACAAUGCAAGCAAUUUAAGCAAAAUUUCUUUAUUAUAUAUAAUAAAGUCUUAUUAUUGCUAAUGCUAAGCUAGAUUUUCUAAUAUAUUACGUAAAAGAAAAAGAAAAAAAAAAUUCUAGCCUUCCAAGUUAAACGUUAAAUUCUUGGCCCUGCAAUUCUAGCUUUUAUUAUAUAUGUGUAAUUAGAAUUUUUUUUUAAAAUUUAUAUAUGUGAUAUUAUUUUUUAUGUUAUGGUAUGUUCUUUGUUGCUUUUUGAUAAUUGUUGUAUAGUACAUUAUUAGUACGUCGCGUAUUUUGUAGUAAAUCCCACUCUUUCUUUUAACCUUACAAGG